CUUCGGUGUUUUAUCUGCUGUGUCAAUACCUGGAGUUAUAAAUCAGUUACAGCAGCAGUGGCCUAUGAGCAACCCAGCAGGAAUAGAAAUGGACUGAAGGUACCGUAUCCCUACAAAAUGAGAAAAUCGGCUCAGAAUGGACGAGGCAGAAAAGUAUCAGCAGCGGCUGCAGGCCAUCACAGAGAAGAGGCGAAUACAGGAAGAGGAGGAGAAAGUUAGGAGGGAGAUGGAGGAAGAGUGGCUGAAAGUUGCUCAACACAAGAGGAAGUCUCUGCGAGAGCAGUGGCUGAAGGAAGAGAUCCCUAGCAGUGCUGAGGACCCAAAACUCCUGUCUGUGAUUCCCAUUCCUCAGGCAGCAGAGAAGAGUGCAGAAGAAACACAAAGCUCAGAGAGACCGAUGAAGAAAGAAGUGGAAAAAACUGAAAACAGGAAUGAAGAAUCUUCACUGAUUGGGAAGAAUGAGCCUUCAGUCCAUUCUGCAGACAACACUGAGAAGCCUGUGCAGGCAUACCAGGGAGAGGACGACAGAAAUGUGCUUGGCGUGUUAGAGGUUGAAGUGGAGGGAAACCUGCUUUCCAAGGCAGCAGAGGAGAAUACAGAGGAAAAGAGGGGGGUGAAAACAGAAGAGAAAGAUCAGUUAGCCCUGGAUGCAGUAGAACCUGUUGAUCUACCCCACCAUUCAUUACAGCAUAAGACGACACCAGAUGAAGCCCAUGGUUCUUUAGCUGAUAGAAAAACAGAGUUAAUUAUGGCAGAAGAUAACACUGAGGUAGAGGAGGAAGAAUGGGAAAUCGUGACAUGUAGUCCAGAAGAAAGCCUGGACCUGGUGCUGACAUCUGACUUGACACAAGCUCAAACAGGUUCACACUUGGGUCAUAAAGAUGAUGGAGCAAUUCUGAAGGUGGAGCAGGUCUUCAUCGUGGAUGAAGAUGACGAUGUGGAGAUUGGUGCAUCUGAGGUGCUGAACCUUGUUGUGGCUGAAAAGAAAUCUGAUCUUGAAGAGACAUCCUGUGAAUCUUGGGCAGAAAGAAGCAGAGAGGAAAGACCUCCUGAGGGUGCAUUACUACAGACCCUUUGUUUUGAAAAGCUGGCACAUGCAGGCACAUCUGCCCCUUUGCAGGAGCUGAGCAGUGUGUCUGGUAUUAUUUCUGAAGAGCCUCCAGUUUGUUCAGUAGAAUGUAAACAGAGUCUGCCACACCUUCCAGCACAUACAACACGCAUUCUUAAAGAGGUUCUGGGAGGUGAUACAGAAUACAAAGGGGACCAAAACAUAUCUGGAAGCAUGAUUGUAAACAUGGAAUGUAAGGAGGCAUCAGGUGCUGAAGAUGAAGUGUUUCAAUAUAUUUCACUGGAUAGAAAAAGAGAGAAAUCUCCAUCCUCGUUGCAGAGGGAACCGGUUGCACAAAGCCCUGAGCAAGAGUCAGAAAUACAAAUACUGAUGCCUCCCAGUGCAAUUCCAGAGUCGGUCACUUCGACAAAAAGAGAGCCUUGCCACUGUUGCACAGUCUUGUAAGCAAGCAAGCACUCACAGCUCAUUUUUUUUCUUUAAUUUUAAUAUUCACUCUGAAUUAUAGUAUAGGAGUACAGUUUUCUUCCAUGUGCACUAAUUGGUUUAAAGUAUUGGGAGGUGAAUACUGUAUCACAGGAAAUAUUUACAUAGCCCAGAUGUGUGUGCCUUAAGUUAUCGUUGUUGCCCCCUAUCGGACAGACUUUUGUAUUGAAAAAUGAUAAAGGAAACAAAGGGCUGUAAUCCUGCCUCGUGCCCAUUGUUCUUGGAAUAGGCUCCAGAUCCACCAUGAGCCUGACCAGGAUAAAGCAGUUACUGAAGAUGAAUGACAAAUAGGUUUGUAUUGCCUCAUUGUUUUUAUGCCAUAUCCUGUCAUUUUAAAUGAAGUUAUUAGUAUAAACAUGUAUAAAUAUCGUGUUGUAUAAAAAUUUGUUCAGCUGAAGUGGAGUACACCAAAGCACAUCUAUGCCUUGUCCUAAAACACUGUUGGCAAACAAAUUAGUAUUAUGCAACAAACAUAUGUGACCUGAGAAUGUGCAGAGGUGUCUUGAUUUAUAUUAUUGCUUGAAUGUCAAAUUCUGAAAAUAAUAAA